AUGAGUAAUACAAAGCGACAUAUAAUUCCUUAUAAACCAUAUUCUGCAGCAAUUCGUCUGGUUGAUGAAACUUAUAGGUUCGAAGGAGGCAUAAAAAAUGAAAACAUUAUUGAACAGCAACAAAGAUACGUAACACUUGGUCCAGUAAGAAAUGGUACUCAACGUGCUGUUUUUGACGAAGUGGUUGAUAAUAACAUCGAAACCUUUAAUGCAGAUAUAGCUGUUAGUCCUGCUGACGACCUUAGUGGAUAUGAUGACAAUUUUGUCGACCUCAAUGACGAAAAAGAAAUCUUUAUACCAAAACAAUAUCGAAGUGGAUCUGAUAAAUCUGAAGAGAAAUCGAAGGAGUCUUCUGAAUCUGCGCAGGAAACCAUCGAAUCAACCAACAAAAUCAAUGCUUUGACGCCAACCAGUUCGGGCUCAACAAAACAGAUUACAGAGCCUCGUCCAUCAAAGGUCGCAAAACCUACAGAACCAGCGCAACCUCCACCUGCAUUCUCACACAGGCAGCAAGAAAAGCCAAAUACUCAUCCUUCUCGGCCUCCAACACGACCUCCUCCAAAACGACCAGCAUUAAAGAAGGAAGAUGUUGCAGCAGACCUGAGAACUGGAAGAUGCUUCGCUUCCAUCUUCUAUCUUUCAUCGCCAUCUCCGCCAAAACCACGUAUCACAUUCUCACAUUUCGCAAUGACAGUUUCUGUUGACCAGUGUGCACGAACUUGCCAUGAAUUCAACUGUGCUAUAGCUCACUUUGAUCCAUCAUCUGGAAGAUGUCAGUUUAAUCCGUCGACGGCAUUUGCACUUAAAGAAGGACAGUGCCCGGCAUGGCCGUCGAAACAUUACAGGAAUAAUGUCGUUGCAGCAAAACCACUCAGAAUCUUCUGCGUUCAGUGCCGUCGUUCUCGUAAGUCAUACCAAUCAAUCAUUACUAAAUGCAUCUAA